AUGAUUUUUCAUUUUUUAGAGUUCAUUCUCUUACUAUUCCAUGCCAUAUGUUUUGUUGCCAACUGGAGACUGGUCGAUUCUAGAUUUACAGAGACAUAAAUAUUGGAAGUUAACAGUUGGAUAUCAAAAGAUUCUUGCACAACCUCAACGGUUUCAGACAUGCUGAGCAAUGGAAAUUGUUAGACAAAUCAAUUAUAGAAAUAUGUUAUAUAUAUAUCAAUACUUGCUUUUCUACUUCUUUAACUUGUAAUGGUCCUUUAGAAACAAAUUUUUUAAUAUGUUAUAAUAGUUAAAGUGUAAUCGGCCGAAAAUGCAAAUGCAUUUCGGAUUAAUAAUUUUCAGAAACUUUUAAGGUGUAUUUAAGAAUGUUUUCGAGAUUACUCAAUAGUUAGAUAUGAUAAAAUUUGUGUUUAAGACAACCGAAUUAAAUCAAUCAUUAAAUUAUUUAAUGAUAUUAUCAUUCAAAAAUCCAAUUAAUUUAGAUAUUAUUCUUUUAUUUUUCUUUUUGACAAAUUUUAUCCAAAAAAUACAGAUUUAAUUAAAGAGAAUUGUAAUGGAAUUAGUUUUAUAGGAAAUUUAUAAUUUAGUGAAAGAAUGCUAUAUUAACUGAAUUUACAAGAGUCAAUCAAAUUCUUAAGGAUACAUAUUACUUUUUAUUUGUUUAAUUUUCAAGAUUCAAGUAAAAUUGAAAUUUUACAUAAUAAUCAAACACUCUCUAGGAUCAUCAAAGAUCCAUUAGGUUUUUAACAUGAAAACUUGAUAACAAUAUUUGAAAAAAUUGAUAAUUGCUUUAGUAGUUGUUAUACUUUAUUGAGAGUUGAAAUCAUUUUUUAAUUAUUAAAUCAAAAUCCAAUAAUUAUACUUUAAGGAUUACUAUAAUAAAAAAAAUGUAUUCUGGGGUUUUAGAAAUGUGACAAUUGAUUCUGGAUUUGUUAGAACAAUUGUAAGAUUUUUUCUGAUAAUUCUAAAUGUAUAUAACGUGAAACCGGGUAUUAAUUAUAUAAAAGUAAAUGUGAAAUUUCAUUUCUUAUUCAUUCAUCGAAUUGUGAUGAUUAUAAAGAUAUCAUUCAAUUUAGAAUUAAAACUAUAUUUUAGAUUCAAGUUACAUUGCAAAAGGGUUCUACGAUUUGAAUAUGACAAUUGA